AGAAAGAGAGGAGAGAGCAGCGGAGGAUUUCACACUCAAAUGUAUUUUACCUUCUUUGUGAAAUCUGGAAAUCUGUGGAGGGUAUCUGGCAGCAAUGAGCUGUUGAAUGUUUGAGACUUGAGGGAUGGACCUGGAGAAAGUGUUAUAGCAGAACGGUCCCACAUCAGUGGACCUUUCAUUAUUGGAGUAAUCAUCUGAGGAACUCUGGUUUGGAAUUAAACUCAGCGGGACAUAGGACGUCUGCUUGAUUUGUCAUUGGAAUACACUGACAGUAUAUGCACUGGUAAAAAAAAUACGGUGGGUGUUUUUAUUUAUCUACCUGGACAUCUGUAUGGGAAGAAACGUGAAAGAGAGGACUCUCAGAUUGGUCAUUGGAAUUCAUUGACUUUCAGUACAGUAACUGCUCUAGCUACCAAAACAACAGGAGGAACAGAAGGACAUCUCUUUUUGCGUAGAGACCUGGUAGAAAAGGUAUCAGAUAGCCCCAUUUCCCAGGAGGGCUCCCCUCCCUGCCCCCCUAGCCUCCCCUGUCCCCAGCAGCAUGUCCCAGGCUGUGAGGCUGAUUCCAGUCCUCCCCAAACCACUCUACCAUGAGCACAUGGGCUGCUGGAGGGAGUAAGGCUGCCUCUGCCUGGUCCACCUCUGGGUCUUGGUUUAGGUCUGGCUCUGGGUCCAGGUUUAGGUCUGGUUCUGGGUCUGGGCUAAGGUCUGGCUCCAGCUCCAUCUCUGGGUCCUCCUUUUCCAGCCUGUCACUGUCUCUGCUGCUAGCACUGCUGCUCUCCCUUUCUGUCCCUUUGGUUGUCUGUCAUCAACCUCUCUACAAAGGCAGGAACCAGCCCCACAGCCCCAACAGCACUCUUAGUGCCCCGGUGAACAGUUCCCUGGCUGGGUCCAGGAUUGGAGGAACUGGGCAGACUGGGGAUCCCUUAGGAAGGACAGGGGGUCCACUUGGGAGGCAUGUACGCAGCUACAACCACCUGCAGGGAGAUGUGCGGCGGAGAAAGCUCUUCUCCUUCCAGAGGUUCUUCCUGCGGAUCGAUAAGUAUGGCAGAGUCAACGGGACCAAGAGCAAAGAUGACCCACUCAGUAUUCUGGAGAUCACAUCAGUGGAUGUGGGCGUGGUGGCUAUCAAAGGACUGGGCAGUAACUACUACCUGGCUAUCAGCACCAAGGGAGAGCUGUAUGGAGCGAAAGAGUUUGGCAUUGACUGCACACUGAAGGAACGUAUUGAAGAGAACGGCUAUAACACCUACGCCUCAGCCGAGUGGAGGAACAAGAAGAGACAGAUGUUUGUGGGCCUGAGUGUCCACGGGAGGCCACUGAGAGGAAAGAAAACACGGAGGAGGAAUACGGCCACCCACUUCCUCCCCACCAUGGUGUGAUGAUGAUGAGGAGCUUUUUACUGGACUAGACCCUGUCGGAGAGCUAAUUCAGCACUCAACAAUCUUUCAACUAAGGAUAAGAAAGGAAUCUGGACAGAGAGCAUCUGAACUAAAAUACAUAUUUUGUCUAAGGAAGUUACUUAACUGCGCAGAUGCUGCCUCCCACUGGGCACGGAUGUCAAUUCAACGUCUAUUCCACGUUGGUUCAAUGUGAUUUCAUUGAAAUUACGUGGAGCUACGUUGAUUCAACCAGCUGUGCCCAGUGGGGCUGCUUCUGACUUUGCUUAAGAUGGUUUAUUGGUUUGGUGGAUGGACAGUGUUUUUUGUGGCACAUGGUGAAAUAUAAACUCUAUUCUGUGCCAAAUCAUUGGAAGG